AACUGGCGAAUUGGGUAGUUCCGCUUCCGGGGUCGGGGGCAGGCCGGGCUUGAGGAAGAUGGCGGCAGCAGCAGCAGCAGCAGGAGUGUUCGGGUGGGAUGGUCGAGGGCUGGUGUGUCCCUCCCUGGGCUGGGCGCUACGCCUUUUCUUGCUUCUGGCCUUGGCGUUGCAGCCCGGCGCCGCCACCACUCACUGGGUGGUCACCGAGGACGGCAAGAUCCAGCAGCAGGUUGAUUCACCAAUGAACUUGAAGCAUCCUCAUGAUUUAGUAAUCCUAAUGAGACAGGAAACAACUGUUAACUACCUCAAAGAGCUGGAGAAACAAUUAGUUGCUCAAAAGAUCCAUAUAGAGGAGAAUGAAGACAGAGACACAGGACUGGAACAAAGACAUAAUAAAGAAGAUCCAGACUGCAUUAAAGCAAAAGUGCCCUUGGGUGAUUUGGAUCUCUAUGAUGGCACAUACAUCACCUUGGAGAGCAAAGAUAUCAGUCCUGAAGACUGUGUAGACACAAGAUCUCCUUUACCACCAGACUUAGAAGAGCCAGAAUGUACAAAAAUUCUAGAUCUUCCAUAUAGCAUUCAUGCAUUCCAGCACUUAAGGGGUAUUCAAGAAAGAGUUAAUCUUUCUGCACCUUUAUUACCUAAAGAAGAUCCUAUAUUUACUUACUUAUCCAGACGGUUAGGAAGAAGCAUAGAGGAGAUAGGCCAUCGCAUAUAUGAAGGUCUCAUGAAGAAUUCUUCUUCAUGGGUAUUAUAUAACAUGGCUUCCUUCUACUGGCGCAUAAAGAAUGAACCAUUUCAGGUGGUGGAAUGUGCCAUGCGGGCUCUCCAUUUUUCUUCAAGGCACAAUAAAGAUAUUGCACUGAUAAACCUGGCCAAUGUGUUACACAGAGCUCACUUCUCUGCUGAUGCAGCCAUCGUGGUCCAUGCAGCUCUGGAUUAUAGUGAUGUCUUCACCAGCUAUUAUACUUUGGGAAACAUAUAUGCAAUGCUUGGGGAAUACAACCACUCAGUACUGUGUUAUGAUCACGCUUUACAGGCCAAACCAGGGUUUGAGCAAGCGAUAAAAAGAAAGCAUGCUGUCCUAUGUCAGCAAAAGCUUGAGCAGAAACUGGAGGCUCAACACAGAUCACUUCAGCGGACAUUAAAUGAACUGAAGGAAUAUCAGAAGCAGCAUGACCAUUAUUUAAGGCAACAGGAGAUCUUAGAAAAGCACAAGCUCAUUCAAGAAGAGCAGAUCUUGAGGAACAUCAUCCAUGAGACACAGAUGGCAAAAGAAGCUCAGCUAGGUAACCAUCAAAUGUGUCGCCUAGGCAACCAGCAGCACAGUUUGCAUUGCCAGUGGGACCAACCUGUUCGCUAUCACCGUGGCGACAUGUUCGAAAACGUUGAAUAUGUUGAGUUUGGAGGUGAUUCUUCAGUUUCAAGUAUGACAUCCAUGAAUUCUGAACUUCAUGAAAACCACAGUAACCUCAGCCACUCCUUGGAGUCUUCCCCUUUGGUCCAUUCUGUUUUCUCAUUAUGGGGCCAGGAAUCUGAUGCUUACAGGGACAAGCAGAACAUUCUGUGGCCUAAAAGAUCAGAUUGUGUACAUUCAUAUCCAGUUAUCCCUUCUUCAGAGGAAUUACCAACAUAUUUCCUUCAUCCAGAAAAUAGAGGACAAAGGAUCCAUUCAAUACUCAGCAGCCCAGGAGAGGACCAUGCACAAACAGAAGUCUAUGAGCCAGAUUGUUCUUCCACUACUGAUGCCCAUAACAGUGACUCUUUCUACUUAUUGAUUAAAAAACUAGACAAUCAUCUGGAUCUGAAAGAAAAUAUGCCAGAUGAUCAUGCGAAACAAAUCUUAUACUCUCGUGUCAACAAUCAAUCUAUUACACAGGAGCAAAUAGGAUCAUUCAUUCAUCAUGCCAUAGUAAAGGCAAGGGAUCCCUUAUGGCUGGUGCUCAAUGAAGCUGGCCUUUACUGGCGUGCAUUUGGAAAUGGCACCUUUGCUUUCACUUGCUUACGAAAAGCAUUGAGCUUGACCCCACAUGAAUUCCAGGAUAUCCCUUUAGUCAAUCUAGCAAACCUUUUGAUUCGUUAUGGCCUUCACCUAGAUGCCAGCAAGCUUCUACGAAAAGCUUUAGCCAUCAAUAGCUCUGAGCCUCUGACUUUCUUGAGCUUAGGAAAUGCCUAUUUGGCUCUAAAGAAUGUCAGCAGGUCAUUGCAGGCUUUCAGGAGUGCCCUGGAUAUUACUACAAAGUGUCUGGAGUGUGAGAGGAGCCUGAAGCUGAUCCGCUGUCUGCAGUUUUAUCCCUUUCUCUACAACAUCACAUCUUCCACCUGCAAUGGCCACUGUCAUGAGAAGAGCCAAGAUGACAGCCAUGCCAAGCAGAAGUACUUUGACACCCAGGAUUCUGAGAGCAUAUCCAUGGAAGACAAUCCUGAGGCAGCUGCUGAAGAUGAUUCCACAGAUCUUGUGCAUAGUUCCACAAGUGAUUCGUCCUCUCUGACUUUAGAAAGUACUGUUAUUGCAGAAAGCAAUGGCUCAGAAGGAGUGGAGAGUUUAGGGGAUGCUCAGAUGUCUGCAGAGAUGUUGGCAUUAGUAGAUGAGUUUGAAAACUCUUGGCCCCUUGAAGCCUUUGAGGGAGCACUGGAAGUGAAAGGCCAUCGGAUGGACUUACAAGGGAUCCGUGUCCUGAAGAAAGGUUCUCAAGAUGGGCUUGCCAGCUCCUGUUUUGGGGAUUGCGGAGACGAUGAUGAUGAUGAAACUGAAUGGAUCACAUUCCAAGUCAAGCGUGUAAAGAAACCCAAAACAGAAAGACUGGAUCCACAAGAGCUUGCUGGAAGAAAUGGAGAAGAAGGAUUAAAUGGAGAAAAUGAGAACCUUUACCAAAUGGCUCUAGAGAUCAGCGGGCCGAAAAUACCUUCCCCUGGGCCACCAGGAAAAAGGCGAGACUAUCGCAGCCUGGGCUGGCCAAGUCCUGAUGAGUGCAUAAAACUCCGCAGAGUCGAGCUUACUACGGUAGCCAGCACGUGGCUAGCUGUUUCCGCUAAAAAUAUUGAUAUUACAGAACACAUUGAUUUUGCCACUCUGUUGCAAGAGCCAGCCAUGGAACCUCUCUGCAAUGCCAAUCUACCUACCAGCAUGCAUACCUUAGAUCACCUCCAAGGUGUUGCCAAUCGGGCUAGUCUUCAUUACAUGGGAGAGAGUCAGCUGAAAGAGGUAUUGCAGAAUCUUGGGAAAGACCAUUAUCCACCACAGUCAUUGGAACAAGUUGGUACGCGGAUAGCCAAAGAUUUAGAAAAGAAUCAAACCUCUUGGGUCCUCUCCAGCAUGGCAGCCCUCUACUGGAGGGUCAAGGGUCAAGGGAAGAAAGCAAUUGACUGCCUUCGGCAAGCCUUGCAUCAUACACCCUACCACAUGAAGGAUGUGCCACUCAUAAGCCUAGCAAACAUCUUUCACAAUGCAAAGCUUUGGAAUGAUGCCAUCAUUGUGGCUACAAUGGCAGUAGAAAUUGCCCCACACUUUGUCGUCAAUCAUUUCACACUGGCUAAUGUCUAUGUAGCAAUGGAGGAGUUUGAGAAGGCCAUGAGAUGGUAUGAAUCAACACUGAAACUCCAGCCUGAGUUUGCACCAGCAAAGAAUCGAAUCCAUGCCAUUCAAUGUCAUUUACUCAUGAAAAAUGAAAGACGUUCUCCUUAAGGACCACAAUCUUCCUCCCUUUAUUCUUUUUCUUUCUUUUUUUAAGACAACAGGAUCAUUGUUCACUAUUCUGAUUGUAAUGAGGUGUGCUAAUUGGGAAACCAGGAUUUCUACCAGGAAUUAGUGGGUCAUUUUUAUUAUUCAGAAACAGAAGCAUCUUUGGGGGAACUGUGGUAAAUAUAUUUUACCAAACAUCUGUAUAAAUAAAUACUGAGCCAAGAAACCUUUCACAUGCCUGUGACCCAAACAUCAUUAGAUGUUUCCAUGUUACUUAAAUUGGUGCCAGCAUAGGAUGUAAUCUGCUUCUUGUCUUAACAUAUAUAUGAAAAUGCAAAGCACACCAUUGCACCAGACACUGUAUGCAACAAGAAGCCAUAAUUAGCAUAUCAUCCAUUGAGAACUCAUGUUUUACCCACCUUACCCAGUCCAUAUUCCAGCAUUACCAGCUCAGAGAUAGAUAGUGAGAUAAGUGCAGAUGGUUGCAGUCAGACCAUUUGUAAAGUGUAUUAAGAACAUAACAGCCUUUUUAUCUACUGUUGUUUUUGUUGGGGGGAGGGAAGGUGGAGAAAGGGUGACAGCAGCAUCUAAUGUAAAAUCAUUUGUGUUUGGUUACAAGAAGAAAAGUCAAAUGAAUAAGACAAAAAGCUAUUUAAGAGGUUUUAUAUUCGUAUAUAUUUGAAGCCCUCUUCAUCUCUAAGUACGUCUCUACUAAUUAUUUGUUAACAAGAUGUGUUACCCAUUUGAGAGUAAGGUGCAAGCGUUGAAGGCGUGUGUGCGCACACUCCCACUGUCUCUCAAAGCUAGAGGAAGUGAGAGCAUUAUAGCAAAUAAGGCAAAUGGUCUGUUUCCAAAUCAGCAUCCAUCUUGGUCAGUGAGAAGGACCUGAUGCUCCAGAACUCAUUGUUGAAUCAACAGGGCACAUAAUUUGGAACAAAAAUAAAUGGUUAUGUUAAUGAACAGAA